CCCCGCUAAAAAAAAAAAAACCCAUUAUUUUCCACUAUGCUGCACUUGUGCGGUUGCAGAGCCAAGUUUUAGUUUAACACCUCUGCAACAGUGCCAGCAACUCUGGUCUGAUACAGGUUCAAUUUGAAGACUCAUUUAAUUCCUUACAGUUAUAUUACAGCCCCCCUCUGCCCCCACUCCAUUUACCCUGACAAAAAUUGUGAGACGAGCAGAUGCUGAGAAGCUGAGAUGUGUAAUCUCAAGGCAAAAAAAAAAAAGAAAAACAAAACCCCAAACAUGGACAAAACAUUCCCCCUUCCUCCAGAUAUAAAACCUACAGCAUUAUAUGUUUGUUUCACGGCAAACAUAUUUGUGCUGAAAUCUGAAAGCUCCCCACAGCUGACCCCCUCCCCUUCCACCUUCUAGGCUGGUCUGUCUGGAUUCAUGGCAACCUGACCUCUGCAGUGAGAUUCAUGAAUCCGGGCACAUACACAUUUAUUUGCGUGUUUCUAGUGUUCAGCCGGGCGGCGAAGGGGUGAAAAGCAAACACGGCAGAAACCGAGGGGCUGAGCGGCAGCCAUUUUACUUCAGUCUGUCUGCACACACCCCAGUGCAAUUGGGGGAGAGCGAGGAAGGAGAGGGUAGAGAGAGAGAGAAAGACAUAAGGAAUGAAAUGAUUAGGUUUGCAUGUGUGUGUUUCUAAGUGUGUGUGUCUAUUUAAGCUAAAACAGUUUGGUUUCAGCCACCGCACCCAGCGGGUUCCUUGACCAGGGGACAUGUUGGCAGGGGUGGGUCAUGUUGGGUGCAGGGUGUAGCUGAGGAAAUGAAAGAUGAAGAUGAGGCCAGUGAAGAGGCAGUAAUGGCCAGGCUGUUGUUGUACAUCAUUACAGUGACCUCUCUCAGAUGGGAGCUUAUUACGGGAUCACAUUCACAACAGUUUAGCCGACUCAAAGGGGACGAGACAGGAAAUUGGACCGGUCCUGUAAAUUACUCGGAUGAUGGAUCGCUGAAGCCUGCCAGAGUUGGAAGGAAAAGAUGUUUCCGUCAGAUUAUUCAGCCAGAUUCACAGAUCUCCAUAAUAGUCACACCCUGCCUAGCUGAUGUUAAGGAGACAAAAAAACGCAUUCAAAGGUACCUGGAAACCUACGAUGGCGCCGUGGACUACAACUCCUCGGCAUGUAGGGAACUCAGACAGGACAUUAUGGACGUUAAGGUCUUAUCAAUGGUAAAAACCUCCGAGCUGUUCGAGAGGUGGAGAAACCUGCAAGUAUGUAAGUGGGAGCAGGGCAAGGAGGAGACCAGCAACUUUAAGAUGUCUCUGUCCCGCUGCUGUAAUGCCCCCUCCUUUUUGUUCACCACCAAGAGGAACACUCCUGCAGGGACCAAGCUGAGGUACGAGGUGGACACCAGUGGAAUUCUUCCCAUCACCAGUGAGGUUUUUAAGAUGUUCCCAGAUGACAUGCCUUAUUCUAAAUCACAAUAUAAAAAGUGUGCUGUCAUUGGAAAUGGUGGGAUCCUCAAGAACAGCAAAUGUGGGAAGGAAAUCGACUCGGCUGAUUUUGUUUUCAGGUGCAACAUCCCACCCAUCAAUGACAAAUACUCAGCUGACGUGGGCACAAAAACAGACCUGGUUACAAUUAAUCCCAGCAUUAUCACCGAGAGAUUUCAGAAGCUGGAGAAAUGGCGACGCCCGUUCUACGAAGUGCUCCAGAAUUACGAGAACUCCUCCGUGGUGCUUCCGGCCUUCUACAACACGCGGAACACCGACGUGUCCUUCAGAGUCAAGUACAUGCUGGACGACUUUGACUCGCAGAGGGGCGUCUUCUUCUUUCACCCACAGUAUCUGCUGAACGUGCAGCGAUUCUGGGCGGUGCAGGGCGUCCGAGCCAAACGCCUCAGCAGCGGCCUCAUGCUGGUGACGGCAGCCCUGGAGUUGUGCGAGGAGGUCCAUCUUUACGGCUUCUGGGCGUUUCCCAUGAACCCCUCUGGUAUUUUCAUCACCCACCACUACUACGACAAUGUCAAGCCUCGACCAGGCUUCCACGCGAUGCCUCAUGAAAUCUUCAACUUUAUUCAGAUGCAUACGCGUGGCAUCCUCCACGUACACACAGGACCCUGCACAUGAUCCCUCGUUCCUCAGCUUUCAUAAACAGCCUCUAGGUGUCACCAUACCUUUAAGUUCGAAGUUUGUCCCGUUAAAUCACUAAACUACUUCAGUGUUCACUCAGUGUUAACACUGACCCCUAGAGGCUCAUUCUUACUAACAGGUACACGAUGAGGUUUAACUGCUUUAAUCACCAACAUCCCUCACUUGUAGACGCGAACCUUAGGUUGAUUACUUGCCCAAUCAAAUCACUCUGGUUACCUGUGAUAGGAUGCUUCUACUGUGGUCUUCGAAGUGAGUGCUUCUGUGAGGUUUUCUUGUGAUGCUGCUGUACGCAGAUAUUUAAGUUGAGACAAGGCCAACACUAGAGUCUUUGCGCCUCCUCGUCCAGCCUUCUUCUCUUCUCUAACUCACUGGUCACUCUUUAGCUCUAAAUGGCCAUUAAAAAAAAACAAAACAAAAAAAUAUAAAAUUGCUAUUUGGCAAAAGAGUAAAAUGCAGUAAAGAAAAAAAUCUGUGCAACAGUAAAUUGUGUACUUUUGUAAUCGAUUUCCUAUUCACCUGAUUCACUCAGUGAAUCUUUUUAAACACUUAUGAAAAAGGCCUAUUUUCGGUGGCCACUUUUUCCCCCCAUGUGUGAUUUUGGUUCUAAAAUAAAGUGGCUAAUAAUAAGAGGUGAGAAUGUUUGGGUUUUUUUCUCAAAAGCCAGACAAGCGCUUUUGUAGUAACAUCGCCCCUGAGUUUUCAGAACAUCGACCCAGCCUGUCAUCAUCAACAUGUCUUAAGCCGUGCUGCCUUAUGAGAUUUCAAACGCCAUCCCCCCUGCC